UAGAGAUAAGAUUUUUUUAAACUUUCAAAGUCUCAAUGUUGUUGAACACAAUGGUCAAUAAAGUGACGUUCUCGUAUAGAGGCAUCGUAAAUUUCUUUCCGUUUUAGAAGUAAAAAACGAGGGGUUCCCUCCUUGCUAUGUUACACAAAAGGUCCGACGCGUGACAGAUGGAAAAAGUAGGGUUUUCCUUCUCCUCGUUGAGACUCAUUUUAAAGAAUGACCGGUUUAAACUUGAAAAGCUUUUAAAGGAAACUGACGAUUUAUAACUUCGUUUUUAGACGAGGAAAAUUGAUGGUUUAAGUGGAUUUUUAAAUUAUUAAUGGGUGGAAAUUGAGUGCUUUUAAGAUGCUAAAAAAUGUUUUGAGUUUUUAACAAGAUUAUUAUUAAUCAAAUAAUAAUUUAAAAAUUAAUUAAUUGUGAACACAUUAUCGGAGAUAAUAUGUUUAUUACAGAAAUUUCUACGAAAGAAUCAUAUCAAGUAAUCACGAAAAAAUAUCUUAUUUUUUUAACUAAAUCUAACAACAAAUAUAUCCCAAAUAAAGAUAAAAUUGUCACCGCCUCUGUUACUGGCUACUUAUGUUAGAGGCAUAAUAAAUAUCACAUUUUUUUAAGGUGUGACAAUUCGAUAAACUUAAAAAAAUGUGUCUCCUAAAUUGCUUCCAACCAGAUAAGAUUACGAUUACCUCCCAAUAAAAGGACGCUCGUUUUGGGAGAAUCCUCAUAGUAAAAUUAAAUAUAUUCAAAGUUGCACUAAAAGUUACACGAUGAGAAAUUUCCUAAUAUUAUCAGUGAUAUUAUCAUAUCUGAAUAAUUCAAACGCUGGUAUUUCAUAUUUACGCAGUUCUGAUGAAGAACCUGAUGAAACUGUGAAACUAUUAAGACAAGAAAAGUUUCCGGAAGACUUUAAGUUUGCUGUCGGAACUGCGGCUUACCAAAUUGAAGGCGGUUGGAAUGCCAAUGGAAAAGGUGAGAGUAUUUGGGAUAGAUUCACCCACGAACAACCCCAUCGUAUUUUGGAUUCAAGUAAUGGUGAUAUAGCUUGCGAUUCUUAUCACAAAUACGAAGAAGAUGUUCAAAUGAUGAAAAAUUUAGGAGUCAAUGCUUAUCGAUUUUCACUUUCUUGGACGAGAAUUUUACCAACGGGUUACAAUAACGUUAUUAACCAAGAUGGUAUAAAUUAUUAUCACAAGUUAAUUGAUGAACUUCUUAAAAAUGGUAUCGAACCGUUCGUUACUAUUUAUCAUUGGGAUUUACCACAAUCUUUACAAGAAAUUGGUGGUUGGACGAAUGAUUUAAUACCAGAUUUAUUGGUUGAUUUAGCUGAUAUUGCAUUUAAAGAGUUUGGAGAUAAAGUUAAAAUUUGGGUUACUAUCAAUGAACCUAGACAAAUUUGUAAAAUGGGAUAUGGUGAUGGCUGGAUUGCUCCAUCAAGAAAUUCACCCGGUAUUGGUGAUUAUUUGUGCACGAAAAAUGUUUUAUUGGCACAUGCUAGAAUGUAUCAUCUUUAUCAUGAUAAAUAUGCAGCACAAGGUGGCAAAAUUGCUCCGGCCAUGGAUAAUUUUUGGUUUCAACCCAUCUCGCCCGAUGACGAAGAGGCGGCACAUAGAGUUUUCGAUUUCUACACGGGGAUUUACGCCAAUCCAAUUUUUGGGUCCGGUGAUUUUCCAGAAUCGGUUAAAAAAUUCGUUAGUGCUAGAAGCGCGAAACAACAUUUCGCAAGCUCGCGAUUACCAACGCUUACAGAGGAAGAAAUCAAUCUGAUUAAAGGAACUUAUGAUUUCUUUGGUUUGAAUUUUUAUACAUCGGUGAUAGUUAAUGAUGCCGAAGAAUCACCGGUCGAUUUGUCAAUAGUUAGUUGGAAUAGCGAUAUGGGUGCUGAUUAUGAUUGGGAUCCAGAAUGGGAAAGAGCGACUUCAUGGUGGCUUAGAGUAACACCAUGGAAUCUUCCGUUUGUACUAAGAGAUUUAAAAAGAAGAUACGGGGAUAUCGAUAUCUAUAUUACUGAAAAUGGAUUAUCUGAUCACGAAAAUAAAAAUGAUAUUCAAAGAGCUAAUUAUCAUUUGAACCAUCUAAAUGCGUGUUUAGAAGCAAUCGCCGAUGGUGUAAAAUUGAAAAUGUACACCGCUUGGAGUUUAAUGGAUAAUUUUGAAUGGACGCAUGGAUAUACCAAUCGUUUCGGGUUAUACCAUGUUGAUUUUAACGACCCCGAAAGGAAAAGAACACCAAAACUCUCCGCGGAAGUAUACAAACAAGUCCUCGCAGACAGAAAAUUACCAAACACAACCAUUUCGACCAAGGGAGCAUCGAACACGAUAAAAAUUUCAUUUGGAUUGAUUACUAUUAGUGUUAUUCUCAACAAAUUAUUUUAAAUAAUUUAUUGCAUUUUACCAAGUAAACUUUAUUAUUCAAACUUUACUUGUAUGCAGAAAUCAGUAUUAUUAUGUAUUAAUUUAUUAAAUUCAAUAAAAUUUAAUUGUGAAUAUA